AUGUAUACAGCCCUUAACCUCUCGACUUCGGACGACUUCAACAUGUCAGAGUUUGACUCUCAGAGACAGCAGGAGCUCUCCCACCGCUCCGUCAAAAUAAGCAUAAUAAUCGUUUUGGGCGUCGUGGUCACGUUGGGAAACAUUGCAGUUCUCCUAGCUAUUACUUCCUCAGUGUCCGGCUGGUCGAGAAACUCUCGGUACUUUCUCCUCUCGCUCACUGCAGCAGACUCUGCGUUCGGACUGCUGGUCAUGCCCUUGAAUCUGUGGGUGAGUCUGCUAAAGGACUACACUGAAGGUCCAGAUGGUUUUUGUCACGUUGUGGCCUUUUGCAAUGCCACCGUCUACUCCACCUGCAUGUACACACUGGCCAUGAUAAGCCUGGAGAGGUACAUUGCGGUGUUUUACCCGCUUCAGUACUCAACUCUGCUGACAAGGAAAAGGACGCUGUUUCUGAUUGCCUUCGCCUGGUGCUUUCCUCCCAUUUUACUCUCGCCGAUAUCAUUACCAGAUGGCAUCAUCCAAGUUCAUUUUUCCACCGCAUCACUGGUCUGCAACCCAUCUUACUCUACAAAUAUUGGAUACUCCCUAAGCUUGACAUGUGUAAUAUUUUUCCCUUGCUCCAUCAUCAUGACAUUUGCAAACCUAAAAGUCUGGUGUGCAGCCAAGAGACAGAGGUUAAAACUGCGCAAAUAUGACAGCGCGCGGCGCAGUAGGCUCAAUGUGCCUUCCAGAGUGCUUGUGCCUGUGAUGGGAGCCUACUACAUCUGCUGGACUCCCUGCAUGGCAGCAAUGAUCUACAAUGCAGUCACAGGUAGAAGUAUACCAGAGUGGAUUGAGUUUGUAGUGGUCUGGCUACCAACUUCCAAUGGUUUCCUCAACUGCAUCUUCUAUUUCUGGAUAAACCGAAACUUUCGCAAGAAAUUCUGUCUAGUCCUUCAGAAACUAGCUCUGGCCCUCUGCCCUGAAUUGGCCAGCACCUUUGGGUGUUGCACCACAUCAAAGAUGCAGUUUGCAUCAGGAAUUUUGGAUAACAACAACAGUGUCCAUGGGCGUUCCUCCAGUGUGUCAUCUACCUGCACCCUGCUGUCUGUGGCUUAA